UCUUUUUCCCUCUGGCCACUUUAAUUUCCAAGCAGCAUCACCUGAUCUUUCUCUCCUGGAAUAGCUUUCUCUCUUAAGACCCUGUUUCCUGGGUGUUUGGGGUCUCUCUUUUUCCUCCUCCCCUUUAUUCUUUGCCCUGGCUUUGAAACUGAGUUUGGUGUGGAUGGCAGAAUAGGUCAAACCAAUUUUCCAGAGUAAUUGGUUAAAGAGACUCUAUCAAAUCCAGAUGAAGUGCUCGGUUCUCGUGCCACCCCACAAUGGCCUUGAGGUUUGACUCCCAGCUGAAAUGUAGCACGCCAGUUCCAGUCCAAGGGGGGCCAUUCUCUCCUCUCCAUUUUUUCCCCCGGCCAAGCAGAUCUUUUCCCCUGCUGAGCCAAGAGGAGCUGCUGGAAACUUUGGAUGGGAGCCCUUACGACUUGAAUGACAUCAGCCCAGGCCUGUUUGAGAGCAGUGACUCCUCCAUGCCAGAUUUGCAGCUAGUCAGAAAGAUAGUCUCUCAGGUGGAGUUCUAUCUCUCUGAUGACAACUUGGCCAAAGAUGCCUUUCUUCUAAAGCAUGUGCAGAAGAACAAAAUGGGGUUUGUGAGCAUUAAACUCCUGACCUCUUUCAAAAAGGUGAAAUAUUUAACAAGAGAUUGGCGGGUGACCCUCUAUGCUCUGCAGUUCUCAGAGAAGCUGGAAGUCAACGAAGAAGGGACAAAGGUGAGGAGGAAGACUCCCAUUCCAGAGUAUCUGGUGAAUAUCCCUCCAAGCAAAAUGCUGUUGGCCUGGAAUGUCCUUCCUUAUGAGCAAAUGGUUCCAGGGUCACUCCUGUUCCAGACCACCUUUCUUGACAAGGUCACCAAGCUUUUUGGGCCCUUUGGAGAUAUCACCUCCAUACGCAUCCUGAGGCCUGGCAAGAAGCUCCCUUCAGAUGUAAAGAAGUAUUCAUCACGGUACCCAGAGCUUUUGACCAAGUGUUGUGCCUUGAUAGAGUACGAGAGUUUGGAGAGCGCUCGGAAAGCUUUUGAGGAGCUUGGGCACAACAACCAGGCCUCUUCCUCUGGAGAAACUAUCAAAGUGGUCAGCCUUUCUGGGAGAGGUUCCAAGAAGAAGAGUGUGGCCAGCCAGGAAGAUAGUGAGGAGACUGAGGAGAUGGAGAAGCCUGCUAGAAAGUGGACAGACAUGUUGCCAGAAGGCCUCCAGCAUGCCCUGGAAGACUCCUUCUUCUAUAGCUCAUCCACAGAGUCAGACAGCACCCCGGUUUCUACACCCAUCCUGCCUCGGAACUUCCUCUCUGCUCCAGUCUGGCCCACCACCAGAUUCUGUAGCUCAGCUGGCCAGGGCUUCAAACCAAAUUUCUUCAGCAUCCCAUAUGCUGGCCCUCUGCCACUGCACAAGUCACUGGCUUGGCCCUUUUACCCUCCACCUCUCUCUGUACCCAAGCUGGGCAAUGGUACUCCAGAAUUACAAAAGCCAUCUGAUUCCUGCUGGGAUAGUGGGAUCAGUAGUGGGAAUGUGUGGAUACCCAAGCGGCGUGGACCAGCUUGCAGUCAACUCCUUCCACAGAAAACUGAGCACCCGAGCCCAGUGGCUGUGACCAAACGGAUGUCUGAAUCACAUGGAAUCCGUCCAGAAGUGAUCCGCCUUCCACAAGGGCCAGAUGGCACUCGGGGCUUUUACAAUACCAUUGGAAGGGGGAAAUUUGUCUUGAGGCACUAAGCUUUUCUGUCCUUUAUGAGGGGUGGCAACCUUAUAUGGGGGAGCUAGGUCUGCAUACCAUUUCUGUAGAGGGGGGUGUUUCAUAUCCUGUGGAUCCAGGAGUCUGACCUAUCAGAAGAGUAGUGCUGUAAGAAGAUUUCUAUGGAGGCUGAUCUAUACUAAAUACAACACAGAUUUGUUUUUUAUCUCCUUCAGUUUGCUUUUUCUGCUUCGGGCUGUCUGAACAGAUUCUACCUUAGCAUAUCCCAAGUUAGUUUUCCAUCCUAUACUACUGCUCAUAAUACUGAAAUAUGUCUGUCUGGAUGAGCAGAUGCAACAUUGUGAAUCUCUGUUGCCCUCACCCCUUUUCCUUUUUUCCCCCCUUUUCUUAUUUUGGAACUUGACCUUUGGAAUUGACAACAUAGUACUAGGAAUAUGAAGUAUGAAUGGUUAAAUAUAAAAAUGAAGGCAGAGUUGUGAAUCACUAGAUUUGGAAUGCUUGUGUUGUAUAGCUGUGAGAGAUAGAGACUGGAUCUGCUGCAGUUAAAAACAUGCAAUAAAAAAAUAUAGAGCCAUUCCAAAGA